CAUGGUUUCUUGCUAUAUGCUUGGCUCUAACUGUUUAUUCAUUUUGUCUAAUGAUAUCAAAAAAGUCUGAGAUUGAUAAAUGGCUAAUAAUUCUUAUUAGUAUUGUUAAUGUAGCUAUGUUUCUUAAUGAAAUAAUCACGUAUUUCCAAUUAAUAACAAGUUCGAACUGUUCAGAAGCUCAGAUCUUGAAUCCGGACUCGAAGUGCAAAAACUCAGAUGCAGUAAGCUUUACAAGAUGUUCAGACAAAUCGUCUGUAGAAUGGUUCUAUGGACUUAAUGUCGAACUUAGAGAACAUAAAUAUGCCAUUCCCAAUUGCGCCAUUAUUCUACUCCGCCUUUUGGAAUUGAUUGCUUGGUUUAUCAUUAGCAUUCUGAACCAAGUUAAUUGUCAGGGAUCAUAUUGUGGUGACAAAUGCGAAUUCAUCCAAGCAAGUUAUUUCACAAAUGAU